AGUACUACUAGUUCAAAUACUAAAAUAUUUUAUCGCUAGAUACUCAUCACUUGAAGGAAUCAACAUUCUUAUCAAGUAAAACAAACUAAAUGAUAUCAUUUUGAAGUCAAAAGCGUUCUGGAUGCUUCAUGAGUACUAUAUCAUAGGCCUUAUUAUAAGCUUUUUCCACAUUUGUAUCACCAAUCAAUCUCCAAAUCGUAAAGAAAAUAUUUUACAUGGCAGUAAAAUGUUUGUUGGAAAGUUUUGUUUUAUUUCAAACGAAAAGACGCUUAUAUUUCUUGGGACAAAUUCCAGCAUAAUAAUCAUUUCUAUAUCCGAUGAGUUUUUCAUUUAUGAUAAAAUCACAUUGCCGGAGGUUCAAUAUCAUUCAAACGUGGAUUUUAAAAACGGCUAUUGCGACUCUGUCAUUUACUCAGUUGUUCAAUUAGGACCAGAUUUAUAUGAAAUAUGUGGAAAAGUUGAUAUAAACGUACGCUGUAGUAUUAUAAUGAAGAAAGGUCUAGUAUGGUUGUCUUUGUUUGAAGAGCAUGUGUCUCUUGGAUAUAUGAAUAGCCGUAUAACUUAUGAGUAUUCGGAUGGUUAUUUAACAUUAGCCUACUUGUCUAAUAGAUAUUUUCCUAGGUUAGAAUUAAAAAAACUUAAUUUACUGUCGAAUAGAUUUAUGAAUAUUAAUGAAACUGCACAUCAUGCUUCAAAUCAUUUAAAUGAUAAUUCUAAUAUAUAUGAUAAAAAUUAUUGGUCUUUAAAUGUAAAUUCUAUACGUUGGAAUAAAUUGUUACAAACGAGUAAAUUGAAAAAUUCUCAUUUUACUGAAGGUUAUGAAUUUAUGUUUUAUAAAAUUUUAUCAUUACCUGGUAAAAGAUAUAUUAUUUUUCAAGAACCAGCAAUAGAAACUCAACUUAAGGAGAACCCAUGGACAUCUGAAUAUAAGAUUGUAUAUACACGUAUAGCUCGCAUUUGUACAGAAGAUAAAGGGUUUCUUAUGCCAAAUGAUGGAAGUAAACUGUUCACAUCAUUUUUUAAGACAAGGCUUGUAUGUCAAGUUCGUACAAGAACAAAAAACUUAGAUGGAUCACCUAGUAUCUCAUCUACAAAUCGUGAUUUUAAUUAUCUUGUUGCAUUAUCAACAAGUUAUAUACCAGAAAUUAAAAAUGAUUUACUUAUUUAUGGUUUAUUCUCAGCUCGUGAUCCUCAAUUAAAUAAUGAAUUACCAUUAAAACUAACAAAUAAUCUAGUAACAUCUGGACCAUUGGCAUUAUGUAUUUAUAAACUUUCUAAUGUGGAUAAAAUCAUUGAAUCUAGUGAUUUAAUGUUACGUUUACCAACAUUUUCACCAUCAUAUCAUAAAGAACAAAUAAAUAUAAUUUAUGAAAAUUAUUCAAAAUUCAAUGAUGAACGUGAUUUGUUUACAUAUGGUAGGCAUAGAUUUUCAAAUGGUUUCAAACGAAUAAAUCGUGAUAAAUAUUCAUAUUUAACAAACUUUACAAAGUGUCCAGGUUCAACUACAUCAAAUAAACGUUUAGCAUUAGAAGCAUCAUUAUUAAUUGAUUCAGUUUAUCCAGAAAAAUUAGAUAUUUUUGGCAUGAUUGAAUCACAUUCACAAAUUACUGGAUUUAUUAUUGAUCCACGUCAUGUUUCUAAAAUUUAUCAAGAUAAAACACAACCUGGACAAAUAAAACAUAUACGUUAUACAAUUUUUUAUGUUGGAACAAAUAAUGGUGAUGUUUACAAAAUGUUAUUAUUCAAUGAAAUAGAAGAUCAUUUCUCUGAAUUAUUUCCAUUUCAAUUAAAUCCAUAUAAAAACAAUAUUAAUUUAACUAAACCAAUUUCAAUUGAUGAUUAUAAUAGAUCCCAAUCAAUGAUCUCAAUGAUAACUUCUGGUCAUAUUUAUAUUAUAAAACAAUUAUUUCUAUCAAAAAACCAUCAUAAAAUAACAAAUUUAUUAUUACUUCAUAAAUCUUAUUUCAAUAAAACUAUACAAAUAAGAUCAAGUAAUGAGGCAUUUAAUUAUUCUACAAUGGAUAUAUUUUCUUUAUUAAUAUUUACACAUGAUACAAUAAUACAAAUUGAAUUAACACAAUGUGAUAAAGUUCAAACGUGUAGAGAAUGUUUAGCGCUCAAAGAUCCAGACUGCUAUUGGAAUAAAAUGUUAAAAAAAUGUGACACUAAUUCAGAAGGGUUAAGCAAUAUUCUGACUGGUUUUCACAAGGACUGUGAGGAAUCAAAUGACGCCGAAUUGAAAAAUCCUGAAAAUUCCGAAAAUUCAGAUCGCCUGAGAAAAUUAGAUCUACUUAAAGUUCCGCUUGAUCUAGUAGCCAGAGGAAAAUUUUCUACUGGAUUAUUAUAUCCAAUUCAAAAUAUCUGGAAAUUGUUGUUUUCCGGAUUUGUCGGUAUAAUCAUUGGUUUAAUCAUAGGUGUAGCACUUUUUAUUAUCAGAAAAAAGUGUUUGAAAUUGUCACAUUCUCGUAUCAACAAACUAUCAAUUACAAAUAACGAAACUACUACCGAUGAAUCAUUUAAACAAAUACAUAAUUUUACUAAUAAUCAAAAUAACUUUCCAAUUAAUCAAUCUAAACAACUACAUGACAUUUCAACGUCUCAUCUUAAAUUUGUAACCAAUUCAAGUAUACCUAUUAUAGAUAAUCAUGAAAUGACUUUAUCUCAAUUCAAUAACACAAUAGAUCCUUGUGAUCAUCAAAUAAUCAUAGAGUCAAUUCAUAAAAAUAAUGAUAUAGAAUUAUUGACUUCACCUAAACAACCGAUCACUACUAAUUUAUCAUUUGAAGAAGAUCAAAUCAAUAGAUUACAUCUAAAUUCGAAUAAAAUAAAAACUUCUUUUAGAAAUUAUUCAUCAUCUAACAUGAAUAAUGAUAGAAAAACCUUAGAGAUUACUGAUAAUCUUAUUAGUUCGAAUAAUACUCUUGGUUAUAAUUACAAUGUUGAUUUAAGAAAAUGUAAAAAACCAGAACUAUCCACAUUUUUAACAUCAUAAACAUUAAACUACAAUUCAAUGUUCAUAUUUGCAUUUCCUUGAUUUCUUUUUCUCUUUUCUGAAUUUAAAUCUUUCUUGUACAUAAUUGAUGAAUGUCCAUACUGGAUUAAAACAUGAUAUAAAAGCAUUUGCAUUUUGUAUUCUAUGAUACUCGUAUGUUUUAUGUGUAUCCGCUUAAUAAUUUUAUUUUAAAAAUAAAAGAGAAAAUAAUAAUAAUUAAUUAUUUAAUUUCAAUGUUUAUUCUCCCCCCAUCAAUGAUAAUUGUACCAUAGAUACAAAUAAUAACUUUGUAAUGAACAAGGACACAUCAGUGGGGACAAUCGAAUGUUUUUUGACAGAAAAUUAUAAAACUUGUUAAUAAAAUCUAACAAUCAUAUGGUAAAUGCUUAAUUUGCAAAAUGUUAUUUAUUAUCGAAUCCAUUUUUUUUGUGAUACAGUCCUUCCUAUCGUUCUAUAGACAUACAUUUUCCAUAUAUACGAAUGUACAGCUUAAGUAAA